AUGGCGAGUUAUACAAGGAUUUUAGUGUUAUUGAUGGCCACGCUGAUAAUCGUUGGAGAGAUGCGAUUUGGGUCAGCACAGAAUUGUGGGUGCGGUGCAGGAGAGUGCUGCAGCAAAUAUGGGUACUGUGGAACCACUCCAGAUUACUGCGGAGAAGGUUGCAAGGAAGGCCCAUGUAAUGCUAAAUCUCCGCCUUCGCCUGCUGCCCCUGCUCCCUCUGGAUCUGUAGAAGAUUGUGACCACGGCAGCAAAUGGAAGAGGCGGGGCGGUGGAGGCCCGACGGUGGCCGCCAUUGGCUUCGUGGGCACCUUGAGCGUCGCGGGCGGAGCCGCCGGUGCCACUGUGGGCAGUGCUGCCAUGGGCGGCGCCGCGGGCGCCACCGCAGGGCAGCACUUUUUCGUUCUUCAGUCUCAGGAACGUUUCCCGAAGACAUGGAUGUUGAUACCCCAUCUUAGCUAG